CUGCGCUGACUGUUGGAAGCAUCAGAGUGGCUGGUGAGGGACCCGACCCCCCCAACAGGCCCAGGAUGCCAGGAUGCCCAUCACUCAGGACAACGCCCUCAGCAUCCUCCCACUGCUGGAGAACUGGCAAGGGGCUCAGAGCGCAAGAUCACAGCAGGACCACAACCUGAAUCGAGACAAUUCUGGCUUCAAGCAGGUGGAUCAGGACUCCUACCAGAAUGGGGAAGGGGACAGCGUGUGCAGCAGCAGCAGCGUCAACAGCGUCAAUGUGGAGGACAUGUCCCUGUGUCUGGCUGCCAUUCAGAAGCUGGUGGAGUACAUCAAGUUCAACUUUAUGGAGGGUGACACAGCUCCGUCGGUCAGCCCGUCCUCCUAUAGGGAGGGGCUGGACGUCGAGGUCCACGCCGUGUCCCUCAGCAAGGACGAGGGCGACGCCGCCGAGUUCGGCCUCAGCUUCGGGAACAUCCCCAUUUUCGGGGACCCCGACGGGAGGAAGAAGGGAGGCCCGAGGAGGAGGAGGGACCAGGGCCCCAUCAUGGACGUGGGCUGCAUCUGGGUGACGGAGGUGAGGAAGAGGAGCCCGGCGGCCCGCUGCGGUGGUAUCAAACUGAGGGACGAACUGCUGUCACUCAACGGGCAGCUGAUGGUGGGAGUAGAUGUCAGUGGAGCCAGUUACCUGGCUGACCAGUGCUGGAAUGGAGGCUGUAUCUACCUGAUCAUGCUUCGGCGAGUCAAGCGGAAGGCUCCCCUCCCUCCCUGCAACGCCAAUGGCAGCACAGACACUGCUGUUAUCCGCGACAACUGCGAAGACCCGCCGCAGUCCAGAGCCGACCCCGACCUUUCCGACCGCCCGGCAAACGGCAAGCGCACCCGCAAGUUUGGCGUGAUAUCGCGGUCGUCCUCCAACCGGGAUAACCGGGACAGCGGGACAGACUCCGAACUCAAAAGCUGUUACCACGGCUUCAAUGGCUCCUCUGUUCCCGCCGACUCAGUUUUCAGUCCCCCUCCCGAUGACUCGGGUCGCACCCCGUCUGCGAGCACACAGCUGGAGGAAAGCCCGGACGCCUCUCCUCCGGUGAGAGCUGCUCCCCAGCGUCUACGCGGCGGAGGCGCCUCCACCCUGCCCGCCAGGUGUCACAGUCAGCUGUUGGAGUGCAAGAUGGAUUCUUUCAGCAGUGAACCUUCAAGCCAGCCCAUAGAGGGCAGCUACAUCUGGAAGAUGCACAUGGUGAAGGGCGAGGAGGGCCUGGGGAUACAGAUCACAGGGGGGCGUGGCUCCAAGCGCUCCCCUCACGGCAUCAUUAUAGCUCACGUGGAGAAGACGGGCGCCAUUCACAGAGACGGUCGUCUUCAUGCUGGCGAUGAGUUGCUGAUGAUUAAUGGUCAGUCUCUGGUGGGUCUCACACACCAGGAGGCUGUCGCCAUCCUCCGCUCCACCACUGGUCUGGUCCAGCUGGUGGUAGCCAGCAGGGAGGAGUCAGAUGUUGGUUUCGAGCGCUUCCCAUCCACCAGUCUGCCGGAUCUGGUCAGCACCUGCAAUUCCUUGUCCUCCCUAUCUCAGACUGCUCCCCCUCGCUGCUCCCAGCCCUCCAACUGCAGCCCCAAUUCUCACAACCCCUACCUGGUACACACAGAUAUGUACUAUUUGACUAACUUGGAGAAACAAGAAGGACAAAGUCAGGGAGAGGCACCCAAAGGAUCUUGCUGCAGCCCCACGCCGAUGAAGCUAGGCAGUCGAUCCCAGGGGGCGAGCAGUCGUCUGGAGUCAGUGGGUGAGGACGAUGAGCUGUUUGUGGAGAACGGUGUGAGCAGCUGUGAGGUGGUGGAGAAGCCUCCACCGGGACGCCGCAAACACUCCUUACCUCAACAGCUGGACACCGCUGGAGUAAGACAGGAGUAUCAGAUCAUUAAGAAAUCAGCUCGCUCCCUGAGCACCAUUCAAGUGGAGUCUCCAUGGCGACUGGCACAGCCGUCCAUUAUCUCCAGCAUAGUGCUGAUGAAAGGCCAGGGCAAGGGCUUAGGAUUCAGCAUUGUUGGUGGCCAGGACUCGGCUCGCGGUCAGAUGGGGAUUUUUGUCAAAACCAUUUUCCCUCACGGAGCAGCAGCAGCUGAUGGACGACUGAAAGAGGGGGAUGAGAUCCUGGAAGUGAACGGGGAGUCUCUCCAAGGACUCACGCACCAACAGGCCAUUCAGACCUUCAAGCAACUGAAAAAAGGUGUGGUGACGCUGACGAUUCGAACCCGCCUGCGCAGUCCCAGCCUGACCCCCUGUCCGACCCCCACCCUCCUCAGUCGCUCCAGCUCGCCCAACUCCAACAUCAGCGGGGGAACACCCAUCCCGUCAGGGGGCGAGGAGGCUGACACCCACAGGGGCCCCGGUCCUGGUCCCAAAGACUGCAUCAUCAUGGAGGUCACACUUAAUAAAGAGCCCAGUGUUGGUCUCGGGAUUGGAGUUUGCUGUUUGACCCUGGAGAACUCUGCUCCUGGCAUCUACAUCCAUAGCCUGGCACUGGGAUCUGUGGCCAAGAUGGACGGAAGGCUCAGUCGUGGAGAUCAAAUACUGGAGGUGGACUCGGUCAGUCUGCGUCACGCCGCUCUCAGUGAGGCCUAUGCCAUCCUCAGUGAAUGUGGACCUGGACCUGUCAGUCUCAUCAUCAGCCGGCAUCCUAACCCCAAGGUAUCGGAACAGGAGAUGGAUCAGGUCAUAGCUCGUUCCACACACAAAAUGAGCAAAAACAGACCUUCGUCUCACCCCCAAGGUCCGUCCUGUAAGAGCCCCUACCCAACGCUGAAGGACCGGCAGGGAGAUGGCUCCCCUACUCUCAGCUGGACCAUGAAGAGGUUCCUCGAGCCUGCUAGUAGACAGGGGUCUCUAAGCUCAGAGACAGAGUUGUCUCAGUACUUCUCCCAGGACGUUUCCAGCCAGUCCUUCUCGUCCGAAUCCGUGCUCAUGGGCUCCACCAGCGAUGAUGCACUGCACCAGCGGAGCUUCAGCACUUCAAUGGAUGACAGCACAACAAGGCCAACUGCAUUCACUCCUUCUCUUACAGAAGUGGAGAGUUGCUCCGCCCACAAUGCAUCGCAAGAAGAGACGCCUGUUCCUCCCAAUCCCCCCGUAGAGGCAGUUUGCCAGCCCAUCGCUGUAUCUAGCCCCGCCUCCUUGCGUAGCCCACUUCUUCGCCAACGACGGCUGAUGUGCUUCGAAGACGAGCUCAGCGACGAGGAGGACGACAAAACCAGAAACACCGGGCUCUUCCGCGGGCCAACGAAACCGGACUCUGUAAACUUUGGUGAUGGCAGAGCUUCUGAAAUUCCCAAAAGUGAAUCAGCGAUUGUGAAUGCUACAUCGUCGUUAGAUAUAAAUGGAAACAGCAAGGACGGGGAUAUGCAGAGUUGUGGAAGCCAUGAUGUCAAAACACCGCUCUCUGGCAGUUUCUCACAGUGUGAGGAAGGUUUCACCAAUAAGUCUGCGUCACCCACUUCCGAGUCGCCCCUCAUGCCCACCCGAAAAGCAGGGGCUGCAGGCAGUUUGGGCUCCAGGCCCAGCAAUUUGAGCAUCAAUAGUGAGAGCUAUACAAGUCAAGAUGAUGGCCAGUUGGAGUCAAAGCGCUCCCCCAAGCUCGAGCAUAAAGCAGUGAUGCGGGUCAAAAGCAUGAUGAGCAUCGAAGCGCCAAACCUGCCCCAGCAGCAAAAGUCCAAAGCGGAUGAGCCCUCUCCAGGCUCCGGCCCAUCCCAGCCCCCUCCCCAAGCCACCCAGUGUGGAAGAAACCCAAAGAUCACCGGGGGCUCGGUGCCCCAUCCGCACUGCAAGAAGGGAGAUGCCAGUGAGCUUGUGGGUGUCUGUACCAUCGACACCGUGACCCUGAGGAGAAGCGAAGACGAGACGUUUGGUCUUGACCUGGAGAUCAUGUCGUCCCCUCUGAAAGUGGUCGUCAUUGGGCUAAAGCCUGGAGGUGCGGCAGAAAGGGAAACUACGGGAAGCCUGUCUACUGGAGAUGAGAUUGUCAAAAUUGGGGAAACGUCCGUGCGCUCCUCUACUUACCAGGAAAUCUGUGAGCUCAUGCACAACCUUCCCGUUACACUGUCCUUGGAAAUUAAGAGACCGGUUUCAGCUGUAGAUCGACUGUCCAGUUUGAUAAUGUCUUCGGGGAGCAGUGAUGGAGCCACUACACUGCACCCGCCCAGAUCUGUUCAGGGGACAUCUGAUGAAGAACAAGUAAUGGGUGCAAAUUUGGGGAAUUCCAACCACACAACCCAAACAGACUUUCAAACACCCAUUACCAAUAUAGAUGACAUUUUAUCAGUAGUGAGCCUCUGCAGUGCUAAAAAUACACAAAAAGAAGUAUCUAUUGAGCCUGUAUCCUGCCAUGCAAGCAAGCAUACAGUAACCCAGUGUGAGAAAGCUGGCAUUCAGGUUCCAAUACAGUCCAGUCCACUGGACUGUAUUGGAACUCCCUGCAUCUCAGAUGCAGGGAGUGAAAAAGGUGCCAUGCCUCCAGAGGAGACAAACAGCUCUGUUGUUUUCAAUGGAUCACAUACCAAAAGGUCUGAUGCUGGUUCUAAGUCUAUGUACCCCAUAGGAGAUGACAGUGAUUCAAACAGUAACUCCUCCGCUGACAACAGUGUAAUGGUCAAUACAAUUGCCGGCAGUGGAGGCAGUCUUCAUGAGCCCUCCUCAGAUGAGGAGGAAGUGGAGUUCUGUGCUUGUGAUGCCUUGCAACCUGCUGCUGGGGAAAUCUCACAUUUAAUCCAGUCACCCAAUGGUUCCCCAUCUUUUGAGCAUGCCAGCAGUCAAAACACAAACCUGGACCAGACCUCGCAGCUCUCCACUGAUGUCUUACCAACAAACAAUGAAGACUCUGUUACAACAACCCAAUACUGGCAGCGCUCUGAUUUAUUAGCGGUCCCCUCUCCAGUGCAACCAUGCCAAUCUUCCAACAGUACAAUGCCUGUGAAUUCCUCUGAUAGUGCCAUCGAACCCUGUGACAAAUUUAAAGCAUGUGUGACAUCCAGUCCUGGAAGCACUUGCAGAAACCCCUCUCCACUAGAUAUCGACAGUGUCCCUCAGGGUACAACCACUACAAAUUUGCAUGUAGAUGCCUCGCUGACCUCAGCUUCAUUGGAGAACUUGAAUACACAAUCCCCUCAUUUACCUUCGAUGGAGUCAGAGACCUCAGGUUCAAGCAUCGGCCAAUCGGAUACAAGAGUGACAGCAUCAAUGACAAGCAAAGAAAAAGCCUUGGAGUGUAGAACUAAUUUAAACCCCCAGGUUAUCUCCGUGCUUAAGAAGACCUCUGGGCUAAAACUCCUUGAUAGUAUAGACUGUCCCGUGUGGAGUAGUAACUUUAAACUCCAGGUUGAAACUCAAAUAAGACCAAGCACUAAUGCUCCCAAAUUGAAGGGCCUUAGUAUAAGGAGUAUGAACAAACCACAGGAGGAGCCGAUCGGUAGGGAAAGUCAAGUAUCCUUAAACGCCAAUGCUUCCUUGAACCAGUCGCUAAAAUCUCCCCCAACGUCAACCAUGUCCAGCUCUUUGAAGACUCAUAUCAAAUGCCUUGAUUUGCCCAAAGUAAGUGACAGAAGGCAAGCUACAGCUGAGUUCAAGCCUUCAGGUAGCACAUCACAAACCGUGCACAUGGCCAAAGAGAUCCAUUUAAGCUCCAAAGCGGCAGCCAAAUCGCAGAGCCAAUCACACUCCACUGUCACUCAGAGAACAUUUAUAGAAGUUCGACUGUCUUCCCUUUCUGGUUCUUCAUCACCAGUUACGACACACAAAGAAACAGUGAAUUCAGAAGUCUCCAAACCCACUCAAAGAGGCACAGAUGUAGGAUGCAUGCUGUCUCCUGCCAACUCCACUGUAGAAAAAAUGAACGGCACGGUCAGUAACACAGUAUUUAAUUCACUGUGUUCUGCCAAAGAUACUGAUUCAACCACAAGUAGUGUCUCAAAACCCAGUACUAUUGUAGAGACAAGUGAGACCCUAAAGUCCAGCAUGUCCAGACUGUACAUAAAGACGCUUGAAAGGCGAAGCAUCUAUACGGACAGCGCCUUGUCUUCAUGCUACAACCCUUUCUCUGUCCGACAUAAAAUAAAGUCCUUUGAAAAUCUGGCUAACUUUGACAAGCCGUUGGCUAAAAGCAGUGACAUUCAGUCUUACGCUGUGGCGUAUAGAGCCUCGCUUAACCAAAGGAUCGCCGGUUACAUGGGCUCGGUCAAUUCUAUCGACUGCCGGGCACGGCAAAGGAGUUUUAGUUCUUAUGUGGAGAAUCUGAUCCCCAUCGCGCCUUGCUCACCUCUCCUCGGUAAAUCUCCAUCCAGCAUCACACUGAUCAACCUUGAGCUCCCACGUUCAAUCUGUAAUGCAGCUCCCCCGACGUACGACAAUCAAGAGGCUCAAGGUCUCAAAGCUCCAGAUGGGAUGGCACCACAGACCCCACAGGUGCUGCGCAGGAAAAACGGCAAACUUCCCCGCAGCAGGUUGCGGCAGCUCAGGGCUCUCAGCAUGCCUGAAUUGGAAAAACUAUGCACCGAGGACUUUACCAGAGACCAUGAUACGGCCGUGGAUACAACUGAGCCUGGCCAGGAUGCCACCAUACUCCAGAAAGCAACAGCGACUAAGAGCUUCCCACCUUCUGCAUCCCUGACAAAAGCAGAUGUGAACAAGGAAAGCGGAGGUGAUGUUGGAUCCACUGAAGGGACUCCUCAGGGAACCCCAGAGACUCAUGGACAACAGCCUGGCUGGGCAAUCAGUUUAAAGGAGCUGGCCUCUUCUCCUGUGAGUCGGCGUAAGCUGCAAACACUGCUGUCCACCCCGACACUCCAAUCCUACGUGUCGGCCCUGCUUCAGGAGGCAGAGGCCCUCUCAGAGGUGAACCGUAAUACUCACCUCGUGGUUCUGAGUAAAGAGGAAGGCUCGGGGCUUGGUUUUAGUGUUGCUGGUGGAGUCGACCUUGAGCAGAAGGCUAUAACUGUCCAUCGGGUCUUCACCAAAGGGACAGCGAGCCUCGAGGGCACAAUCCAGAGAGGUGACAACAUUUUAUCCAUAAACGGCACCACUCUGGGAGGGAAAACCCACGGAGAGGCGGUGUCUUGCCUCCAUCAAGCCAGGCUGUCCAGUCAAGCCUUAGUGGUUAUCUGGAGGGACGAGAACUGUGAACUGAUCGUCUCUGAUACACAUGACUCGGCUUGCCGGCCAAAGAGGACGUGUUCUGCCAGAAAGAAGUCUUCGGGAGCUGGAGCAGUGGUGGAUGUGGGUCCAGAUGGUGUUUUAACGGUGGAGCUCCACAAGUCCUCUGCUGGCCUGGGUUUCAGUCUGGAAGGGGGGAAGUCCUCAUCCCAUGGAGACAGGCCCCUCGUCGUCAAACGCAUUUUUAAAGGAGGUGCCGCCGAGCUGUCCGGGUUAAUUGAGGUUGGCGAUGAAGUUCUGUCCAUCAACGGCUGUUCUCUGGAGGGCCUCAUGCACCACGAUGCCUGGAAAAUCAUCAAAGCCACUGACGAAGGGCCCAACCACCUCCUCAUCCGCAAACCGAGAACCUGACCGUUAUGAACGAGGAAAUAGAAAAGCUCCCUGAGACGGACCAAUGUGAAACAACCCUCUGAGACAGGGUGUGGACGACAAGUAGCAGUUUCCCCCUUUUAACAGGUUCUCUGAUGGACUUCAUUUGAGAUUUUGUGUUUUGUCUUGUUACAUGUGUUUGUAUGUAGAAAUAGGUCAAAUUGGAUGGACCACUAACUAUUGUGGUGUACAUUGCUGAAUCAUGAUUUAUAUCAGAUGGGAU